AUGCGACAGCGCACGGUAUCGUGGUCCCGCGCGCGCAGCCCGAUCCGCAUCUCUGCUGCAGAGGAGGAAGAUCUGCGGGUAGGCCUGCAGCGGUUUCUGGACAAGCUUCGUCAGCACCAGCCUCUCUUCCUCGAAGAUGACGUCACAGCCAUUCCCUUCCCCCCAGAAGGCAGCAGUAGCAGCUGUGUUGGUGGCGGCUCACCUCACUUGUCCAUCUCCACGUCGCCGCGGCACUCACCGUCUCGCGUAGGCAAGGAGGAUGCGGCGAUGGAUGACACCCUCAAGAGCGGCGACUCCUCUCUGUCGGCGUCCAAGAGUAGAAAGAUGCCCACCGCAUCACCCACCAUAACAGGUUCACCGACCUUUGCCUCAGCGAGCGUCGUCGAUCUGGAUGUGCCCCUCUCUGUGCCUUUGUUUCUCACAGCUGUGAACAUCUUCGAGGCAAAGUUGCUCUCAAAGAGCAAGCGUGUCUCCACCGAUGCGCUUAAGCUUGUCCGACAGGCCUACGCGCUCGUGUGGAGAGAUCCAGGCUACCUGUCGACGCUCAUGAACGGAGAUCCAUACCUGGCAGGCGCAAGCAGCACCGGCUCCUCGAUGCCACCAGCUGGUGGGAGCCGCAGGCCCAGCCUUGCGUCCGUGACCAGCUCUCCAAAGAAGCCUCGCGUGACGUGUAAAGCCCUGUUCUCGUCCUCCGCGCCAGCGCCGACACAGCGACCGGACAGGCGAUUGGCGCUGCAGCUGGACGAGUGCAUUCGAACGCUACUCGUGUACGCGAAUGCGUCUGUGAACUUCUGUCAGAGUGUCUCCACCAACUUGCGUACACUUUUGCUGCUCACCUUUGUUACCUGCGCUGCGCGUCGCCUCGAGGAGGAGGAUGACGUCCCGUAUGGUGACGGCCCCGGCUCAGCCGCAGACAUCGUUGUCGGUAACCGAAACCUGCGGGCUGAGAUGGAAAAGCUGGAGAGCUUGUGGUGCAGCUGCGGGAUCGAAGGACAUGUGGCAGACUACCUGCGCGAAUGUUACUUGGUCGAGUUCCUGCUAGACGCUGCGCUCCCGCCAGCGGUGUGCUCGGCGCGCUAUGACGGCCUGCAGAUGGCUGUGUGCGAGAAGAAGGAACGUAUCAUCUCUGAUGUUGUGGCCAGCCGCGCUGGUUUUGCUCACAUGAUGCGAGUGGCACCGCUACGAGGCUUGUGCGGUCUGGCGAACAUGUCUGCCUUUGGAAAUUCGAAGUUGCGGGCGAGGCUACUGGACAAGAUGGCGUCAGAGGGGAUUGUCGAGAGGCUGGCAGCAGAAAUGGCUGCAGCGAUGGAGGCCAUUCUCGUGCCUGACACCACCACUACGACCCCGGCACGCAGCCCUGCAAAACGGCCGCGCCAGAGCGCAAUGCGCAACGCCUCACCCCCGCACCAGAGAUCCCGCGCCGGCACGUCCAGGUCGGUGAGUCGUCAAGGGUCGGUCGACUCCGUCUCGCCUGCCGGGAAGGAGCGCCGCGCGAGCACCACAGCCAGGACUUCUGGAACCUUUGAACGUCUGUUAGACAGUGAGCCUACCCCAGUGGAGCUCAUUGGUCAGUGUGUCGACAUGCUGAUGUUACUCACGUGUCCGGACUUGCGUCCGCCGGACGGCGGUGACGAGUCUCCGUCUCGUUCGUCAGCUUCGUCUGCGUCGGCAGUUGUGCGUUCCACCACGUGGGCCUCCUGUGAAGCCGCGCUGAAUGAGAUAAGCUUGUAUCUCUUGGCUAUUUGCUUCCUCUCCAAGACUCAUGCGCGAUACGCGGAGUUAUCGUCGUUGCAGCUCUACGCUGCAGAUUGCAUGCUGCAGUGGGCAGCGUACAGCGGUGCCUUUUACGGGAUGGUGGUGCACGCCAUGGAUGUGUUGAUGGAUAUGAUGGAGUCAAUGUCCGGCCCUCCACUCGCCAGCGGCCGAGGGAUGUCGGUGUCGUCGCGAAGAGCGUGGAGUUCUCACUGCACGUCGUCUCAGGAGGAUGGGAGGAAGGAUGCCGCGAAGUGUGACCGGCGUGAUGGCGAACGCGGUCGCCGUGUGCUGCAGCAGCUUCUGCCCGGAGAUGAAGCAGGUCUGCUGCCGUUGCUGAUAGAUUUACUGCAAUACACGAUUCACGCCCAGGCAAAUGCGAACUCGAUACGGCGAUGGUUCGGCUUCUUAGCGGAUCGGUUACUGCCGGAGGUCUUUGAGCCCCCACAGCUCACGAAUGGGCGGCGUGGCAGUGCAGUAUGGAGACGGCGGCAGUGCUCGCAAGAGGACCGCCCAGUCUCUUCGCUACCCGGAACACUGGGGACAGGAUUGCCGGCUGUCGCGGACGGCGGCUUCGAUGCGCCGGUGCUCGCUCGAGACCUUACGCGGUCGGAGGUUGUGGCAGCUGCCCCGUACUUUUGCUUUGCACGGCGGACUGUGGAGGAGACGAGUUGGCGCGAUGGUACGCAACCACUCUUUGCCAAGGUGGUGGCCUUGGCUUUCCACGUCAUUGUGACUCAGGGGCACCGAUGCAAUCUUCUGUUUGGGCAGGCGUGCGCCUGCUACGACGCCGUUGCUUCUGCGUUGCUUCAGCGGUCCCCGCAGAGUGGCAGCAGCGCCAGUCCCGGAAGCGGAUCUCCGCGCGACAGCCGGCGUUCGUCCCAAAGCAACACGAGCGCCACGUAUCGGCGCAGUGUCCUCCUUAUGCAUCAACGGGAGGAGGAGAGGGUGUUGAUGCAGACACAACUGCAUUCCAACGAGGAAAGCCAGGACAGCGGUGUGACGGGGUCGGAGGAGAGAGAAACCAAGGUGGCGGACGAGGAGAAAGAGGUGUUCAUCGGCUCAACUAGCAGGCGUCGCUCACCAUCCACUCGCCGGUGUCAACGUGGCAGCCUGAUAAAAACAAAGGCUAUCUCGGCUGAGCGACACUCGUUGGCGACAGCCUUUGUCGCCAACGAUGAGGGUCUUUCUCCCUUCAUCAGCAGUCCCAGCCGCUCCCUCGUUUUCUACGAGGCGUGCUCACCGAGCGGCACUGAGGCAAGCAGUAGUACUCCUCUCGAUAGCGGAGGUAGCCGACGGCGACGCCGUUCGUCGAGUGGCCGACGCUGGGGUGCUGACGACGGGAAAAGUUUGCGGGCGGCAUUAGACGAGGCAGCCUCCGCCGUACCCACCGCGAGCGCUACCACGGCAGAGUCACCGGAGACGGUGACGCACUCCUGGACUGGCCGUAUGUCGCUGCGCUCUUUACUCUCCUCGAUCGGUGGUCACAGCGAAGCACCGCUGCUGAACAUAGAGAAGCGCACAUAG